AUGUCUGUAAAUCAGGAAGGUACCAUUAAUGGGUCCACAGAAGAACCAGCUCAUGCAAAAGAUCAAGAUCACGCAAUUGAAGAUUCACAAGAGGAGAAGGUCAAUGGGGACGCCAACAAGAAUGAUACGUCCACUGAGAAUGGAAUUAAAGUGGAGUUGGAAGGAUCUGAACAAAACACGCUAGAAGCUCAGCAGAACAAUGGGGAGGAUGCUUCUGGUGAAGUCUCUGGCCACAAUGAGCUGACCCGAAAUGACAACAGUUCUGAUACCAACAAUGUUGAUGUAACCAUUACACAAUCAUCCCCCAUAGUUUCGGCUGCUAGUAGUCCAGUUGUAGCACAGUCCUCAGCAAAUGCCAAUCACAGAAGGCAGACCUCGGUGUUGUCUUUUGCCUCUAGUGCAACCGUCGAUAACUCGCAAAUCUUCAAGAAAAGCUUUGACUCCAUAUUGGAGUCGAAAGAAGCUAAAAAGAAUGAACAAUUUAAAGGUUUGAUACAGCGUGCCCUUGAUUACUUAAGUAAGUCCGAGGAAAGAGAACCGUACAUGAUAUUUGAUGCGUUAAAAGCUUGCUGUGACUCGAAUAGUGUCGAGUUGAAGUCCAAGGCCGUUGAUUUGUUUGCAAAACUAUUUGAUUACGCUCAAUUUGAUGACCCAUUAGAAAAGAAGAAACUCACCGACGACUCAGUUAGUGUUAUAUCGUCUUGUUUUGAAGGAGAAGGAACAGACCCCGAGUUGGAGUUGCAAGUAGUUCGGGCUUUGAUGCACUCAAUACUUUUAAUGCCUUGUCACGGAGCAUCUUUAUUGCAAGCGGUGAGACAAAUCUACAAUGUUUUUAUUUUUUCCUUAACGGCAAGAAACCAGGCGAUUGCCCAGGGUAUUUUAACACAGGUCAUUGGAGCAAUCUUUUCUCGAGUCGAAGAGUCAAGAAAGUCCCGAAGCCAAAGCAAUAACACGUCAAAGUUGAAUUUUGAGUCUAUUGAAAAUGUAAAUCUUCCAGAUGGUAGAGAAGAGGAGAGGUUAACGUUGUCGCAAUUAGAGACAAUCAACGAUUCCUUAAAUGACAACGACAGGGUAAAUGAAGCCAGCAGCGCCACAGAAGAUGACCAGGAUCUAGAAGUCAAAGAUGCGUUUUUGGUGUUUAGAGCUAUGUGUAAGCUUUCGAUCAAAACUUUAGAUUCCACUACUGUUGAUAUGAAAUCGCACUCGGUGAGAUCUAAACUUUUGUCACUACACAUUAUUCAUACUAUUCUCAAGGAGCAUAUAGAAAUUUUCUUAAGCCACGACGUGGUAAUUUUAUCACCCAGUGCCCAUGAAAAAGUACGCUUGAUAAAUGCCGUCAGACAAUACAUUAACCUAGCAUUAUCAAAGAAUGCUGCAUCUGACCUAGCACCAGUGUUUGAGUUAUCAUUGGAAAUAUUUUGGAUAAUCAUUUCCAAUUUGCGAUCGGAGUUCAAGAGGGAGAUUCCCGUCUUUUGGGAUGAAAUUUAUUUCCCCGUUGCUGAAAUGAAAACUUCGAGUCCACACCAGAAGCGCUAUCUAUUGUCAGUCAUCGAGAGGUUGUGCAAUGAUUCUAGGUGUAUUAUUGAAUUCUAUUUAAACUACGACUGUGACAGUAACAUGCCAAAUAUGUGUGAGAAAAUCAUUGACUAUUUGACCAAACUUUCAUUACAGCGUGUUGAGGUGACGCCCCAGCAGAAGCAAGCUUUUAGGGAAAAUCGGAGAAGCGGUAUAGCGGUUUAUGAUGUUGGCAAAGUGGCCAACUUAACAAGCAGCACGAUGUCGUCAAAACCACCACAGCCAACCGUUUAUUCAUUGUUUCCAUUGGAGUAUGCUUUAAAAAUGACAUCAAUUAGCUGUUCCGUCGCCUUCUUGCGCUCCUUGCAUUCGUGGGCACAAAAGGGAAUACUGAAUUCAAACAAGAUGCAACUCUUGGAACAAGGCAGCGAGUCGUACUUGUCGUUGAACCGUAACCGCUCUGAUUCGAACAACACAUCACUGAAUGUUACAAGAAAUACGUCGUUUAUCAAUGGAGAUGACUUGAAUAAGACCGAGUCAGACAAGAUUGAACAAUUUGAAAACCAGAAACAGAGAAAGAAGGCGCUACUUGAAGGGAUAAAGCAAUUCAACCAGAAGGCUAAGAGAGGAAUAAAGUAUUUCUUAGAAAAGGGAUUCAUUAAAUCCGACUCUUCUGAAGACAUUGCGACUUUUCUUUUGGAAACUGACGGCCUUGACAAGGCCACCAUUGGUGAGUAUCUCGGUGAAGGUGAUGAUAAAAACAUUUCCAUCAUGCACUCUUUUGUGGAUCAGAUGGACUUUGAAAAUGCUGAAUUCGUUGAUGCAAUGAGGCGAUUCUUGCAAUCUUUCAGGUUGCCAGGAGAAGCGCAAAAAAUUGAUCGAUUUUUGUUAAAGUUUGCUGAACGUUAUGUCAAAGGAAACCCUCACCUUUUUGCAAACGCUGAUACGGCUUAUGUGUUAGGAUACUCGGUUAUCAUGCUAAAUACUGAUCUUCACUCACCACAGGUUAAAAACAGGAUGAAUAUUGACAAUUUCAUAAUGAACAACUCAGGUAUAGACGAUGGAAAAGACUUGCCAAGAGAUUUGCUACAGAGGAUAUAUGACGAAAUUUUGAACAAUGAGAUCAAAUUACAGUCUGAGCAACACGCUGCUCUCAUUGCAGGUGAUAUACAAAUUGCGCCAUCAUCUCAAUCCAUAGGGUUCUUUGGAGGGCGCGAUUUGGCUCGUGAAGCUUAUAUGUUUGCAUCAAAGGAAAUGACAACAAAGACAGAAAAGUUGAUGAAGAAUCUAGGAAAGAAAGCGAAAGUGGAUGACCGAGAUGUGAUGUUUUACGCAGCAACUAGUGUCUUACACGUGAAAUCCAUAUUUGACACUUUGUGGAUGUCAAUACUUGCGGGAUUGACACCGCCAUUCAAAGAGUAUGAUGAUGAUGUGGUAACAAAGGCCUGCUUGGAGGGAAUAAAGUUGUCAAUCCGUAUCGCUUGUAUGUUUGACUUGGACUAUGCAAGAGCAUCAUUUAUUGGUGCAUUAGUUCAGUUUCAAAACUUGAGCAACUUUGAAGAGAUGAAGCGCAAAAAUGUUGAUGCAAUUUACAUUAUGUUGGACUUGGCAGUUUCGGAAGGUGAUCAUUUAGGGGCAGCUUGGAAUCAAAUUUUGACAUCCAUUUCACAGAUUGAGCGUUUGCAGUUGAUUGCUCAGGGGGUGGAUCAGGAUUCCAUACCCGAUGUUACGACCUCGAAACUUAUAACCAGAGGUUCAACAGAUAGUACAAGGACAAGUACGAGCUUCUUUAGUUCAUUUACAUCGCAAAGUCCUGCACAGUCGGCUGCAAGCAAAUUCCAUAAUCAGCAUCUUUCUGACGAAGUGGCAAGAUUGUUGGUCAAAACAGAUUUAGAAGUUGCAAUCGACAAAGUAUUCACCAACAGUGCUAAUUUAAAUGGGAGCAGCAUUGUUGAAUUUGUUAAGGCCUUGUCAGAAGUUGCCAAGGGAGAGAUUGAUUCCUCUGGCCAAAGUGCGAACCCGAGAACAUUUUCAUUGCAGAAAUUUGUCGACAUUUGCUACUACAAUAUGAACAGAAUUCGUUUGGAGUGGUCACAACUUUGGGCAACUAUGGGUGAGACAUUCAAUGCGUUAGGGUGCCACUCGAAUCCGUCCAUCCUGUUUUUCGCAUUGGACUCAUUAAGACAGCUUUCAAUGAGGUUUCUUGAAAUCGAAGAGUUGGCAAAUUUUAAAUUUCAGAAGCAAUUUCUCAAGCCAUUCGAGUAUGUGAUAAUCCACAACCGAUCACUAGAGGUAAAGGACAUGGUACUUGAGUGUAUAAACAAUAUGAUUCUUGCCAGAGCUUCUCAAAUAAAGUCAGGCUGGAAAACCAUAUUCAACGUUCUUACUGCAGCAGCAAAAGAGAACAAGGAGACCUUGGUAAUGAAGAGCUAUAAAAUGGCAAUUUGGAUUAAUAAAGAAUAUGUCGAAGAGGUGAAAAAGCAGGAUUCAUUUUCCGAUUUGGUUGUAUGUUUCACUACGUUGACCAAGAAUGAAAGGUACCAACGGAUUAGUUUAUUGUCUUUGGAUGUUUUAUCAAAGUUGAUUCACGAGAUUGCACAAUACAGUUUGUUUGAUCAAAACAAUGUUGAGCAUCCAAACCGCGGCGAAUCUUUACAAAAACUUUGGUUUCCUGUAUUAUUUGGCUUCUAUGAUGUCAUUAUGACAGGUGAGGAAUUGGAAGUGAGAUCGAGAGCAUUGAACAAUUUAUUUGACUUGAUCAUGAAGUAUGGAAAGUACUUUGACCAAGACUUUUGGAAUUUAAUUAGUCGUGAGUUGUUAUUCCCAAUGUUCCAGGUCUUGGGAAACCACUGGGAAUUGAGCUUGGAUGAGUUGAACGAUAGCUUAUCGGUAUGGUUAUCGACAACGCUUAUCCAAGCUUUGAAAAGCAUGAUUAAUUUGUUUACCAGUUAUUUCACAGAGUUGAGCCACAUGUUGAAUGAAUACUUGAAGUUGAUCAUAUCGUGUAUCUGUCAGGAGAAUGACACCAUUGCAAGAAUAGGACGCGAAUGCCUUACAACGGUGUUGAUUGAUAAUUCAUCCAAGUUCAAUGCAUCACAAUGGGAAGAAAUAUCAGAAGCAUUUGCUAGCUUGUUUGAGCUCACCACCGCCAAAGAAUUAUUCACAUUGGAUCCAUUGUACGAAGGAAACGAGGAUAACCUCUCUAUAACUGGGAACGGAGAGGAAGAUUCGAAGUUGAAGAAGGAACUACUCGAUGACAAUGAAGUUAGGUUGAAAAAAUCAAGAGAGAAAUCGUCGAUUGUUGUGAAGAGUGUCUUGCAAUUGCUAUUAAUUCAAACUUUGUCUGAAUUAUUCGAAAAUGAGUUAUUUUAUGACAGUAUUCCCUUAAACCAGUUGAUGAAGUUGGCUGACUAUUUGAAUAGUUCGUACAGUUUUGCAAAGUCAUUCAAUGAAAAUUACGAUUUGAGGGUUCGAUUAUGGAAUGCAGGUGUGAUAGAGCGCUUGCCAAACCUUUUGAAACAAGAGUCGUCGUCGUCUGCGGUUUACAUCAAUAUAAUGUUCCGCAUGUAUUGUGACGAUGAAAAAGUUUCAUCAGAGGACAAGAGAGCAAUCUUGACAAAAUUGCAUACGUUGUGUAUUGCCAUCGUUGAUAACUUUUUAAAAUUUGAUGAGACAAAUCAGCAAAGAAAUAUAAGUACUUGGAAACCGGUCAUAAUUGAAAUCUACGAAGGGUAUGUCGAGUUGGAUGACGAGGAUUUCAAAAAAUACGGCCCAUCGAUGUACAAGUUAGUGUUGGAAAUAUUGUCAAAGAAUUUAUCAAGUGACAUGAGAGUUGCAAUUAGAGCAUUUUUGGCGAGAAUUGGUGUUGAUUUCGUGAAAACUGACAAUCUGGUAUAG